AAAACGUCUCUAUAAGGCGACUGUCCCACCCCUGGAUAGUUCAUACUUCCUAGUGUCCAAAGCCAUUAAUAAUUUAAAAAAAAGUAGUUCUAGUUCAUUUUAUAAUAAUUUCUAUUUUUACACGGAAUAUUUGUGUUUUUUCACUGUUUUUAUGUUACUGCCAACUGUAUUUUAUCAAUAGCUACAAAAUUUAUAUAACAGUGAUAGGCUUACAUUAGGUAGUUAUUAAGUAUAUUAAAACUGUGAGUAGUGACUAUAUAUAUAAUCAUUUCCACAUAACUAUCACGGAUAAAAUGAAGUAAUUAUAUUAAAAAUAUAUAUAUACACAACUGUUAUCAGCUGGAAUGUCUGACGGAGACCCUUCUCUUGAGGAAGACUUACCUAAACCGCUAUUGGAUACGAAGGAUAAUGUAUAUAAAUCAAAAUUAGCAACACCAAUAUUCGCUGGCAGUGUUAACCAUCAGAAUAGGUUAUCAGAUCCUUCGGAGACCGAAACUUUUUUAUCGGAAGCUCAACGUAACGAGCUUGCGUUACAACAGCUGUUCCAGGAUGGCGAUGGAAAUGAGGACUUUCACGAGAAGGAGAAGGUGGCUCAGGAGCGAAGUGACCUGCAGGCCAUGUCGGUGUUUAGCACCUAUCCGGACAAUCUCUCGCAGGAUAUGAACACAGAUCGGGAUGGCAGCGAUGCAUCGACGCGGCCUGCUGAAGACUGUGGCUGCGGCCCAACUUAUCCUGACAAUGCCAACAAUAACAGCAAACCAACUGCCAACCACUGCUCAAUUGUUAUGGGCGGAGUCUUGACGAAUCCGUCGCUGUCUUUCAAUGACGGCGUUCGCUCCGUUGACUUCGUGCUGGUCUGGGAGGCUGGCAAGGAGCAGGCAAGCACGCGAGAGGCUUUCGAGCACCGGAGGAUCUUCGAGCGCAACCUGGAGGCUGAUGGUCUGCAGUUGGAGAGGGAGGCGCCGGAGAAUUGCCAUGGGUUGAACUUUGUUAAGAUUCACGCACCGUAUGCAGUUCUCAGAGAUUACAGCGAGAUAUUGAAACUGAGGAUGCCAAUGAAGGAGUGCAGUAAGAUACGGAAAGGUGGGCGGACGAAUGCGAUACUGAGCGCUGCAAUGUAUAUGUCUAAGUUUUCAGCUUUGAAGGAUGCCCCAGAGAAGACAAACAGUUUCCUCGACCGAUUAGACUCCUUCUGGGAGAGUAUCAUGUCCAAGUUGCGUGUUGAUCCAGAGUUGUUCCCGGAGAGAAAGCAUCGACUCACUGCCAUUUACUCUAAGGAUAAGGAAUAUUUAUUUGACACGUCAUCCGAUUGCUUCUGGACGCCGUCAAUUCGUUCUAGAAUAGUCCAGUUUAUUCUGGACAGGAAGAAGUUCUCGGAGACCAGUACCGACGACUUCGCGUUCGGCGUGGCCAGACUCAUUGACAAUAAUGUUUAUAGUGCGGCCUAUCCGCUGCACGAUGGUGACCUCAAGACCCCGGGCUCAAUGCGUCACCUGUUGUACACGGAAUGGGCGAGCGUCUCCACGUGUCUCAAGUAUCAACCGUUGGACUAUAUCAAGGACUAUUUUGGUGUUAAGAUAGGUUUGUACUUCGCGUGGCUGGGUUUCUACACCCACAUGUUGAUACCCGCGUCCAUCGUGGGAGUGUUGUGCGUUAUUUACUCCGCGGCCACUGUCUACUCCAACCAGCCCAGUGAGGAUGUAUGCAACUACAACUCUUCCAUAAAGAUGUGUCCACAAUGUGAUUACUUCUGUGAGUUCUGGGACCUGCGCGCCACCUGCCUGCAGUCCAGGUUCACCUAUCUCUUCGACAACUCCACUACAGUGUUCUUCGCAGUUUUCAUGAGUUUCUGGGGGGCGUGUUUUCUAGAGCUGUGGAAGCGAUACUCGGCGGAGAUGACGCACCGCUGGGAUCUGACCGGGUUCGAUGUCUACGAGGAGCACCCUCGCCCGCAGUAUCUUGCGCGGCUGGCACAUGUCAAACGGACGCAGCUGAACGUGGUGACGGGGCAGCAGGAGCCCAUGGUGCCGUUCUGGCGCAUGCGGCUGCCGGCCACGCUCAUGUCGUUCAGCGUGGUAGUUCUGCUGGUGCUGCUCGCGCUGGCGUCGGUGUUGGCCGUGGUGCUGUAUCGAAUGUCGCUGCUGGGCGCCGCCAUCUUGCGCCACAACGACAACCUGCUCAUCACGUACAGCCCCAUCAUGUUCACCACGGCCACCGCCGCCUGCAUCAACCUCGUCUUCAUCUGCAUCUUCAACUACAUAUACCAGUACCUGGCCGAGUGGUUGACAGAGAAGGAGUUACUCAGAACCCAGACAGAGUUCGACGACUCUUUGACCCUUAAGAUAUACCUGCUGCAGUUCGUCAACUACUACGGGUCGAUAUUCUAUAUCGCAUUCUUCAAGGGCAAGUUCGUCGGCAGACCAGGGAAUUAUGUUCGAUUCUUUGGGACAAGGCAGGAAGAGUGUUCUCCCGGCGGUUGUUUUCUGGAGCUGUCAAUUCAGCUGGCCAUCAUCAUGGUGGGCAAACAGUUCAUCAACACGUUCGUGGAAAUGAUGUUGCCGUAUCUGCUUAAGUGGUGGUAUAUCAUACGCACAAUUGGCAGGAAAAACACAAUGAAAAGUUCAUUACAAUGGGUGAAGGAUUUCAAGCUAGUUGAUUUUGGUCACAUGGGACUGUUCCCCGAGUAUUUGGAGAUGGUGCUCCAGUACGGCUUCGUGACGAUCUUCGUAGCGGCCUUCCCGCUGGCGCCGCUGUUCGCUCUCAUCAACAACGUGCUGGAGAUGAGGCUGGACGCGACCAAGUUCCUGUCGUGCUACCGCCGCCCCGUGCCGCAGCGGGUCAACGACAUCGGCGUGUGGUACCGCAUCCUCGACUCUAUCGGGAAACUGAGCAUCAUCACUAACGGUUUCAUAAUCGCGUUCACAUCGGAGUUCAUCCCGCGGCUGGUGUACCAGUACACCACGGGCUCGCUGGACCAGUACGUGAACCACACGCUCACCGACUUCAACAUCACCGUGCUGGAGUUCUUGCCUCGCAAUUCCACCUACAGCGGGACUAUGUGCAGUUAUCCCGGCUACUGGAACUAUAAGGAUGGUGAUGAUUACGAGCAUACCAACUGGUACUGGCACGUGAUGGGAGCCAGAUUAGCUUUCAUCGUUGUAUUUGAAAAUGUGGUGGCGCUAGUAAUGAUAAUCGUCCGCUGGGCCAUCCCGGACAUGUCGAGUGAGCUUCGGGAUCGUAUCCGUCGCGAGGCCUACGUCAUCAACAGCUUCAUCCUGGAGGAGACUCGCGCGCGCUCGCUUUCGCGGACGCCGCGUCCCGCGCGCGGGCUCGUGACGUCACCAGGUCGCCAUGACGGUGACACGGAAGAAUCGAACUGGAACCACAUUGCGUCACUCUCCGGUUCUGACUUCGAUCUGGCGGCGCACGGAGAACACCAGGAUAUCAGAGAUUUGGCCCAACCCACGCCGGUUUAACGUUAUUCAUAUUUAUAGUAUAAUAUAGAUAUAUAUUCUCAGAAUACAGAAUACAGCCUCCUAAGACCCAUACUUGAAAUAAGAAGGUAGUCGUAAAAACCCAUCGUACAAAAUUAUGCACAAAUUAAUUUAUUGCUGUCAGACCCAAAAAAAUAAAACAUCAUGAAUGAAGCUUGGCUUUUUAGGAUUUCGAGAUUAUGUUUAGCACAAUACUAAGUGCCAAAAGGAAAUUUUUAGUUAAAAUGCGUCAUUCUAUCUUUUAUACAAACCAUUGUACAUUGCUGAGAAAAUUAUAAUUAUAAAUUUUACAAUUAAUUGGCGAAACCUAAAAAAAAACUGUCAAAAAUAGGCCAAAAUCUUUCAGUGUGACCCCUUGAACUGAGCUAUAUUGUAAUAAAGACAAUUAAACCAAUUUUUAUAACAAUAUUUAUUGAUAUUUGGUAAAAAUAGACGCAGUACGCAGGGUCUUAGGAGGAUAGAAACUUCAUACACGUAACCUUUGGUCAAUGAUGUACAUUAAGAUCAUGUCGUGAAACAUUAAUGACCAAUUUAAGCAUAAUACUUUUGUAAGGAUUAAUACGCGUAUAUUUAGUUAUAACUAAAAUGUGUUUACUAUUUAUUUUUCUAGUUAUAGUGGUUACUGGUUCAGAGCCAUAUUAUGCUAUCACGGAUUUGGUAUUUGCUGUACAAAGAUGGGCUUUGGCAGAAUUUACACAAAUUGUCUCUGGUAUGCUAUAUGUUGGUCAGGUGAUAAGGUGGUUUUAGACCGUCUUCUAUAAUGAAGACGCAAAUUAAUCCUUUUAAAAGUAUUCUAUUUAAAUGAUACACAUACAAGAACGUAAAUCGAUAAUUAAGAUUCAAUCAUCCAAUUAGAGGCAAUCACCUUAAUCUAGAUAGCCAAUCAGAGUACAUCGCCUCGGUCGAGAUAACCAAUCAACGCCCAUCGCCUUAAAUGAGAAAAAAUCUCUCUUACGAAGUAAUCUAUCAUCAACCAUCAUUAUAUUAGUCACAAUUUAAGUGGUCAAAUGUUCGAUAGUACUAUUAAGUAAUAUAUAAAUACGUUUAGAAUCUCAAAUUUCUAUCACUGUACUUAAUGGUAUACAUAUCAUAUACUUCUAAUAGAGAAUUAAUAUUCCUGUAACAAAAGACUGCUCUUGUACGACAAAUAACACAUUUUAGAAUAUUUCGCCAGUCGGAUACGACAUUGACGAGAGCUCCUUUCUGUAUAAGUGUGACUGAUAUUUAUAAUCAUAUAAACUACGACCCACACUAUUUUUUUUUUAUUAUACAACAAAAGGGUGUCCGUAAUCACGUCGGAGUGUACUUUUUGAAUGAAACUUACUAAAUGGUAUACGCCCGUGUCCUAAAAAUAAUUGUUGUAAUUAAAAAAAAACGACAAGGUCAAUUUUUGGCCCUUUUUCUAAAAAGUAUUCAAAGAACGGUCAUUACUUACCCAUAACAUGAUCUAUAUUUAUUUAUUUAUGUAUACUUUAAUAAAACGGCGUAAGCCAAUUACAAUAUUAAAGUAAGAAUUAAUUACAAACUAGACAUAUUACACAAAUAAUAGUUAAUAAAUACAAAGUUUACUGUAAAUAACUAACAAUUAACAUCCAAAUACCGUUCAUCCAUUCCUCUCACAAAAACGCAAUAUAUAAUAUAAUAAUAAUAAUAUUGACACACUUUUUACACAAACUAUCUUGCUCCAAGUUAAGCAUCUAUAGCCUGUGUGAUGGGUUACAAGACAAUGAUAUAUUUAAUACAAUAUACUUACUUAAACAUAUAUAAAUUCAUAUAAACAUACAUAAAUACAUUUAAACAUCCAUGACUCAGAAACAAACAUCAAACAUGAUCUAUCAUAUCCAUUCAUGUCUUAUUAUCUUAUCUUUCGCAGUGUAGUCAUAUAAGACUAUGCAUCUUAAGGCUCAAGGUACCGGGUGCAAUGCUAAAGCACAUGCCAAAGGCGCAAAUUAUUGAGGUCAUAUAGUGGCCAUGCCAAAAGACAUUUUCGUAACUAACGUAAAUAAUAGUCUCACUCUUAUGGGCAGAUGAUUCUGUUUAAUACCAGGAAGGUCCGCAGCUUUUUGUCAUUAGUUUCUGCAAAAAAAUACUAAUAAAUUAGAUAAUUCUACACAAAAAUAUAUGGACGGACUAUAUAUAUCAUGAAUACUAAUAGUACCCUUGUUAUGCUACUAAAUACCUAUUUAUUUUUGUACCUUCAACGCCGUCCUAACAUCUAAAAAUUAGCAAAAUGCUGUCACAAAAACAUGUCAAGCAUUUACAGCAUAUGUGGUAGCAACACAAAUUUAACUUAAAAGUACUGUUUUAAUAAAAAAAAAUCACGCAAGUUUCAAAAUUGGAUUGCAACAAAAAAACGUGUAACUGAUUUCGUGUACGUGACAUGUCUAAAUACGAGCACCGGUACGCAUUAUAGAGAACCGGUACCACAGUAAGUUGAGUAACUACUGUAAGAAAUAUAAUCGUUAUACUGUGGCAGGGCUUGUCCCCAUAAAAAAUAACAAUGGCGAACGAUGCUCUUGGUGAACCAUACAUGCCGUUUUUGUUUCGUUUUUAAGCUUUUUUUCGCUUUCGUUGCCGGAUCUAGACUAACGUACGAAGGCGCAGAAAAACACAGAAUAGAAAGAAACAGUGUGUGUUGUCACAGAGUGAAAAAGACGAGAGAUUGGCUUUCGUUAGCUGUUAUAUAAUACAUAUAUACUGUUGUUGUAAUUCGCUGUUGAUAAUGUCUUAGAUAAUAAUAUAUGUCGUCAGUAAUUGUAAGACCCAUGUCCAAU